AUGAAUUCAGUAUUCAAUUGUAUUAGAUCAAACAUUACCCAAUUAUAUUCAAAAACAAAUGUUUCAGAAUUUGUUAGAUACAAAGUUGCAUCAAGUUAUUGUUUAAAAACUAAAUCAUCAGCAGUCAAAAGAUUUUCAAUGGGAAGAUGUGGUAAAGUUAAAUUCCACCCAAGAUCAAGCCCAAAUAAAACUGCCUACGUUCAAAGCAAACUUUAUAACGACACUUUUAGACACGAAUUAUUUUCAUGCCAUCAAAUUAGAAAAGAUUCUGGUAUUUCAGUAAUUAGAAAUCCACAAUUAUCAGUCGAUUAUGUAAAAAAUUAA